AUGCACAAUGAGCCGACAUGGCUCAACCUCAGCGAUACGGGCGGCAAGUUCUUUGCCAAUCUGAGCGCCAAGUCACCCAGCCAGUUCAUCGAGAAGUUCAUCAAGAGCGAAUUGCUCAACGGCUACGAUACACUCAAGUGCCAGGGCAGCGGCGGCGGUAAAUCGCCAACGGAGAAGGACAAAUCAUCGGCGGAGAACAGUCCUCUAUAUAGCAAUCUGCAAACGGAUUGGGGCAGCUUCAGCUGUCUACAAGGCAGCUAUCGCAGUCACGGCGACGGCGAGUUCUAUGAGGCCGUGAAAGUUAAAUCCUCCAGCCCUAACAACAACAACUCCAAUACUAACAACAACGAACUAAAUAUGCGCUCCAAGUCCACAACGGGUGCGGCAACGCUGCAACAUUACCAGAAACUGCCGGAGCCCAGUUUGGAGUCACACUUCAAUACACAAGCAGCUGGACAUACGCCUGCAUAUAAGAAACUUGGAUUCGGUGCGAGACUGCAAAAGCAGAGUGCAGAGCAUAACUCAGACAACUCGCAAUCCUCGAGAAAAACGCAUAGCAGCGGCGCCAGCAGCAGCAGCGAAGUGCAACGCAGCUCAUCCGGCUCCAGUUCGUCGGGAGCACCUGUCGUGCCAGCGGCAGCCAACUCGCCGGAGCGACUGCAGCGUCGCCGUCUGCUGCAAAUGAUCUCCAACUAUGAUCAGCAGAACAAGCAGCUGCAUCGCGAACUGGCCAAGGAGAAGCGGCGACGCAGCGAGGAGCUGGCCUGUGUGGUCAAAUCGCUGCUCUGCUUCGAGUCCAAGCUGAAGAACGAUAUGAAGACGGUCAAUCAGCGUCUGUUGGAUCGGGAUGCUGAGAUCUGUCGUCUGUUGCGUCAGAAUCGUGCGCUGCGCAAGCGUCUGGUCGAUCAUCAGCGGGAUGAGGGCAUGGUCGCCGAUCAGGAUCCAAAUGCUGACGAGGAGGAGCACGUGGAGGAGUGCCUGGUGCUCGAGGCUUUGCAAUGCAACAAUUGCCGCAAGCAAUUCUAUGACAUUGAGCUGAGAGCCAGCGGCACCCAGACCUGUGGCAAGGAGUUGGGCAUCAGCGUCAAAGCUGAGCACGGCUCUUCCAGCGAUGACACCGUCUCAUCGUCGUUUUAUGGAGCGAGGCGCAGUGUGCGCUACACAAGCAAGCGAACGGCGGGCACGUUCCGGGAUUAUAUGCGCUCCCGGGCGAUGCAUAUUGAUGAUGCAGCGCUGGAGCAGCAGUCGGAGGAGAAUACGAGCAGCAUCAGUCGCGAGGACUCGCAGACCAGCUACGAGCAGCUGCACAACUAUGCCAGAGCCAUGGAACGUAUGCAUGGCGUGAAGGCAACAGCGCUCCAGGAUGGUGACUACUCCGAGCACAGCAGCUUGGAGCUCGAACAGCAGCAGCAGCAGCAGCAGCGUAGACGCAACAGUUCCUCCAGUCGCAGCAGCAGCAAGACGGCUUCCUCCGUGGCCGCACAGCUGGAGGAGGACGAUGGCAUUUUUUCGCCGACGCAGGAUGACGAGGAUUUCGAUGAAUUGGAUCCGGAGCAGGAGCAGCAGCUGAUCGUCACCCAAGCAAAUCUAUGAGACAACCACCGAUGAUUGGUAUGCCAGCGCCUCGGAUCAGGAGGAGCUAAGUACAGCGCCAGCGAACCUACAACGCCAACGCCCAAAUCCUCGCUGGCGCCCAAAGCAUCAUCGAAUCUGCCACGUCGUAGCUCGCUGAGCGGACGCAGUGGCACAAAUGGACGCAAGCGUGUGCACUUCUCCACAAAGAACAGCAUGGUGCACGUGCCACGGCACGAGGAUGUGGAGGAAACCCAAUCCGACCAAUUGAUCUCACACUAUCAUCCCAGCGUUGCUGCCCCGACUACCGUCCCAAGUGAUACCCUCAACUACGAGAGCAUCUAUAGCAAUGAGUACGAGCCCAUUGGCUCCGAACGUGCCUCAAAUCUCUAUGUGGACAUGGCAGCCGCUGCAGCGGAUGCCAGCCUGGCCACCACCAAGACGCCACACAAAUUGCCGCCGGCUCUGCCCCCGAAGCCAGCGAAUCUGCUCAAGUUUAAGAAAUCGCUGCAACAACUGGAGGAGCAGCUGGAGGAUGAGGCCGAUUGUGCAGUCUCAACGACAACGACCAGUGAGCCGGACUACUGCUCCAUUGCCGAGGUGGGCGUCACAUCCGUGCAAAUUGUGGCCGUUGUCCACAAGGCGCCCGAAUCGAGUACGACAACGGAUGCGGAACUGAAUCAGAAUCGCAAUUGUUUGGAUAAUGCCGCCUCGCACAAGACUGAGGAAAUCGAAGAGAUUUUCGCCGACAUACCAAAGCUACCAAAUGUGGCGGCCAUUAUAGCGCCCAAGCAAUCCGCUGACUAUUUAAUAAUGGCACCCAAGACGCAGUUGCGUCUACAACUACCUUCCAACGCGCAGACGAUGCCUUCGCAGUACAAGCGCAAGCAUGUACCCAAUAUACUGGCCGAGAUUAACAAGCGCAUGAGUUUGCCCAGUUCACCAACGACGCCCACCACGCCCAAGAGCUUGCCGACAACACUCACAUCGAAAUCACUGCUCCAGUUGGCCGACGCCAGCAGUGGUCUUCCACUUCAGGCCGAAUUCGAUUGGUAUAAUCUGGAUGCUGAGUACGAUAGCAGAAACAAUGAGGCGCCGAAGAGCUCUCAAAGUGAUGGCAUGCUGGAGGAGAUUAGCGAGGAUAACGAGUGUUUAGUUACCGCAGCGGACGAAUACAAUCUGGAUGAGGAGUUUCAGCUGCAGCCCGAGCAGGAAGAGGAGGCAGAGCAAAAGGAGAAUGAGAAUGAGCAGCAGUUGCCAGAGGUGCUGCUAAAACCCGAGCCCGCCAAGACCAAGCAAAUGAAAAAGAAUUUAGCAAGCUUCGAGAAAUUCAUCGAAGGAUCGGGUCUGAGCACCAAACCCUUGCCGAGCAAACGCAAAAUCUACUUUAAUGCGCCCUUCUUGCUGUGCCUGUGGGCAACAGCUACAACGGGGCACAUUCGCAUCGAGGCGCCCGAGGUGCAUGAGGCGUACAGCUACAAGCCAGCCUUUGUGCGUUCCGCCGUAGAGAGCAUGCCCCUCGAGGAGGACCCGAUUGUAAUGAGUCGGUUCAGCAUACGACCCACAUUCGGGGACACCUUCCUGCCGCUGCGCAGCGCCGUGGAGAGUGUGCCCACCAUCAAUGAGCGGAACGUGGCCCAGUUGCGUGAAUCUUCGCCACUUCGUUCCUUUGUGCGGGACUCCGUCGAGGCAGAGCCCAGCGACGAUGACGAUGAUUAUAUGAAUGAGAGUGAAGGGGAGUCGGAACAAUUUGGAGCAUCGCCAGCCAGUUAUGUGCGCGACGCGCCCGAGGAGGAGCAGCAGGGAAAGUUCAGUCACCUCGUAGAACCGGAUGCGUGGUCGGUGUCUGAUAAAUAUGCUGCCUUUAUAGCACCUAGCUCAGAUGAUGACUAUCAGCCGCAACCUUAUCGCUCGGGCUCGCCACAUCAGCAACUGCUGAAGUCGGUGGACAUUGAGCAACUGGAGCGCAUUGAUGAGCUCGAUAACUUUACGGAGCCGCAAUUCUAUGGAGCACUAGCCCAAGCGAAUCUCCCGUCAAAUGGCGCUGCCUAUGGCGCCUUAUCGCAGCUGAAGACUACAACGGAGAGGAAGAAGAACUACAAUACGUCAUCCAAGGUGCUCUGCUACAUGUCCAAUUGGGCCUUCUAUCGCAAGGCCGAUGGUCAUUUUGUGCCCGAGCAACUGGAUCCCAAGCUGUGCUCAGCUAUUGUCUAUUCUUUUGCCUCACUGGAUCCGGAUCAUUUGACCAUACGCGAAUUUGAUCCCUGGGUGGAUAUUGAGAACCAGUAUUAUAAGCGUGCUGUUGCCUCGGGUGUCCCGGUCCUGAUUGCCAUGGGCGGCUGGACAGAUUCGAAUGGGGAUAAGUAUUCGCGGUUGGCUGGCGAUGAGAUCAAGCGCAAGGUGUUUGCCUCCAGUGCGGCAGGUUUUCUGCAGCGACAUGGCUUCAGUGGCAUACACCUGGACUGGAACUAUCCCAAGUGCUGGCAUAGCGAUUGCUCGAAGGGACCGGCAAGCGAUAGGCCCAAUCUGACCAAGCUACUCCGCGAGAUUCGCUCACAGCUGAAUCGAGUAAAUCCCAAGAUGCAGCUGGGUGUGGCCAUAUCGGGCUACAAGGAGAUCAUCAGCGAGGCCUACGAGCUAGCCCCGCUUUCGGAUAUCGUGGACUAUAUGACAGUGAUGACCUAUGACUAUCAUGGUCCAUGGGAGCAUCAAACUGGUCAUGUGAGUCCGCUCUAUGGACGGCAGCAGGAUAAGUAUCCGCAGUACAACACAGAUUUCACAAUGCAACUGCUGGUGAAGAUGGGCGCGCGUCGCGAGAAGUUAAUAAUGAGUAUACCCUUCUACGGGCAGAGCUUCACGCUCGAGCAGAGCAGUCAGAGAUUGCUGGGUGAGGGUGCUCCAGCCAGUGGUCCCGGCGAGGCAGGCGAGCUGACCAAACAGCCCGGCAUGCUGUCCUACUAUGAGAUCUGUCAGCGCAUCCGCAAACAGAAGUGGCAAACGGGCCGAGAUGCGGAUCGCAAGAGUGGUCCAUAUGCCAUGUUCCGGGAUCAGUGGGUGGGCUAUGAGGAUGCGGCCAGUGUCGAGGCCAAGGCACGUUAUGCGGUCAACAAUGAUUUUGGUGGUGUGGCCGCCUGGACCGUCGACUUGGAUGACUUCCAAAAUCGCUGCUGCAGUGAAGCGUAUCCCCUAUUAAAGGCUAUCAAUCGCGCAUUGGGUCGCCUGGACUCGGAGCCGCCAACGAGAAGUAAUUGUGAGCGUCCACCACAGCCAGUUACGCCACAACCACCAGAGAUGACGACGGUCAGUAGUGAUGGAUCACAGGGUGGUAAUCAUAAUCAUAAUCAUAAUCAGCAAACGACUGCCUGGCCCAGCUGGGACGAGACGAGCAAGUCAACCACUCGAAGACCCAUCAGCAGCUCAACCACUCAAAGAUCCACCACAACAACUACCGCCUGGUGGACCAAUCCAACAACAACCACAACAGCGCCCACCUGGUGGACCAAACCAACAACAACUUCACCUAAAACUACAACUACGAGUCGUCCGAAGCCCAGACCGACACCCACUAAAACCACAGCAAGACCACCACACACCACUAUACCAGUGCCCGCGUUAGUUUAUCCCGUGGUGCAAGCCUCCAGCUGUGAGGCUGGUGAAUUCUAUCCGGAUACAAAGAACUGCAAUGCAUAUUACCAGUGCGUUCAGGCGGGUGAGCUGCGUCAGCAACAUUGUCCGGGUGGUCUGCAUUGGAAUAACGAGGUCAAGGGCUGUGAUUGGCCUUCUUCCGCUCAGUGUGCGGUGAAGAACCAACAGACUACUGCGAGCAAGCGCACUACCAUAGCAACCAGCACCACACGACGACCAACCGGCACCACACGACGAUCAACCAGCACCUCACGACGACCAACCAGCAGCAGCAGCACCACUAAGAAACCCAGACGCACCACAACCACAGGCAAGCCCAGUCGCAAACCACAACCAAUCACAACUCGUAAGCCACAUCGCACCACCACCAAGAGACCACGUCCACACAAUUCCUCACGCUGCAACGAGGGAGAAUACUAUACGCAUAGGAACUGUGGCCAAUACUACAUCUGUGUGAAUGGAGUCCUUGUGCCCAAUGAAUGUGGCGCUGAACUCCACUGGGAUGCCAUCCGAAAGAUCUGCGAUUGGCCACAGAAUGUGCAGUGCCUCACUAGCAAGACAUAUUUACGCAUUGCGCAGUCCAAGUCCAGUGAGGAGGAUCCCUGCAAUGGGGAGGAGCGUGUUCCAUAUCCGGGUGAUUGCACCAAAUAUUUGUUCUGUCUGUGGAAUCGUCUCCAGGGUGCAGAUUGUCCACCUGGACUGCACUACAACGAAGCCUUGGGCAAUUGUGACUGGCCAGUGGCGGCUCAGUGCAAGGAAGAAGGUGCUGCACCAGGAGAUGGCUCCAGACCCACAUCCAAUCCCAAGCCACCAGCUGUGGCGAAACCGGCGCCAACGACACAACGACCAAAUACGACGCCCAGACCCACCUAUCCCACAGAUAAACCGCAAUUGGAGCAACUUGAUGGUUAUUACAAGGUGGUUUGCUACUUUACCAACUGGGCGUGGUAUCGCAAGGGCUUGGGUCGCUAUACGCCCGACGACAUCAACACGGAUCUAUGCACCCAUGUCAUCUAUGGCUUCGCCGUCUUGGAUUACUCGCAACUCACGAUACGCACUCACGACUCCUGGGCGGACAUUGAUAACAAUUUCUAUACGCGCGUAAGUGCACUGAAGAGCAAGGGCGUCAAGGUGAGUCUGGCUCUGGGUGGCUGGAACGAUUCUCAGGGUGACAAGUAUAGUCGCCUCGUUAGAAAUGCGGCGGCUCGUGCCAAAUUUAUAAAACAUGCCUUGGACUUUAUUGAGAAAUACGGAUUUGAGGGCCUCGACUUGGACUGGGAGUAUCCGGUGUGCUGGCAAACAGAGUGCAGCAAGGGCUUCCCCGAUGAAAAGGAGGCUUUCACUGCAUGGGUUCGGGAACUUUCGGAGGCAUUCAAGCCACGUGGUCUGCUCCUCUCCACUGCUGUCUCGCCAAGCAAGAAGAUCAUCGAUGCUGGAUACAACGUGCCUGAGCUCGCCGACUACUUUGACUGGAUUGCUGUGAUGACCUACGAUUUCCACGGGCAGUGGGAUAAGAAAACAGGUCAUGUGGCGCCCUUGUACCAUCAUCCCGAUGACGAUUUCGAUUACUUCAAUGCCAACUUCUCGCUCAACUAUUGGAUAGAUCAGGGUGCUCCUUCCCGCAAGAUUGUGAUGGGCAUGCCCUUGUAUGGUCAGUCCUUUACACUUGAGAAUGCCCACAACAAUGGUCUGAAUGCCAAAGCACCAGGACCAGGUCAGGCGGGUGAAUUCACAAAAGCAGCGGGCUUCUUGGCCUACUACGAGAUAUGCGAACGUGUCAAGCAUCAGGGCUGGGAGGUGGUGCAGGAUGAACGUGGUCGGAUGGGUCCAUAUGCGCGCAAGGGCACCCAAUGGGUUUCCUACGAUGAUCCGGCAAUGAUACGCAAGAAAUCGCAGCUGGUGCGUGCCUUGGAUUUGGGUGGCGGCAUGGUCUGGGCACUAGAUCUAGACGACUUCCGCAAUCGCUGUGGUGAUGGUGUGCAUCCGUUGCUGCGUGAGAUUCAUGCGGUGCUAAAGGAUCCACCAAGCGGCUAUGAGCCGACACCGGAAUCUGUGGAGGAACAAGCCAUAUCUGGUGAAGUGGGAACUGCUUCAGUUGAAGUAGAUGCCGAGCAAGAGUCACAAGGAUCAUCUGGCCAAGCAAGCAGCGAGGGUGAAGACGUUGAAAGCGAAGCCGUAGAGGAAACGGAAGAGGAAGUGGUGGUAGCUGCGCCGCCCGCAGAGUCCACCCCUCAGGAGGCGAGCAAUGAGUACGAAUACUCACAAGAAAACGAGAUUGAUCCCAAUGGCGACAUUGAAGAAGGUGAUUUUGAAAUGGAAGCUCCUGAAUCCAAUGAGUACAAGGUGGUCUGCUACUUCACUAACUGGGCGUGGUAUCGUCAGGGCGGUGGCAAAUUUCUGCCGGAGAACAUCGAUGAAAAUCUCUGCACGCACAUUGUCUACGGAUUUGCGGUGCUCAAUCGUGAGAAGCUCACCAUACAACCACACGACUCCUGGGCAGACCUGGACAACAAGUUCUACGAGCGCGUCGUGGCCUACAAAAAGAAGGGUGUGAAGGUAACGGUGGCCAUUGGUGGCUGGAAUGACUCGGCUGGGGACAAGUACGCCAGAUUGGUCCGAAGUGCUGCAGCGCGAGCGAAAUUCAUUCGGCACGUGAUGGAGUUUAUGGAGAAGUACGGAUUCGAAGGCCUCGACCUGGACUGGGAGUAUCCGGUGUGCUGGCAGGUGGACUGCAAUAAGGGCACCGCCGAUGAGAAGCAGGGAUUCACUGAUUUGGUUCGGGAACUCUCGCUGGCUUUCAGGCCAAAGGGUCUGCUGCUCUCCGCUGCCGUCUCGCCGAAUAAAAAGGUCGUCGAUGCUGGCUACGAUGUGCCGGAGCUCUCAAACUACUUUGAUUGGAUAGCGGUGAUGGCCUAUGAUUACCAUGGACAGUGGGAUAAGAAGACGGGUCAUGUGGCGCCCAUGUAUAAUCAUCCCGAGGGCACCGAUACUUUCAAUGCCAACUUCUCGAUCAACUAUUGGCUUGACAGUGGGGCGGACCGUAAGAAAAUUAUCAUGGGCAUGCCCAUGUAUGGACAAUCCUUCUCACUGGCCCAGACCAGCGACAUUCAGCUAAAUUCACCCACCUAUGGUGGCGGAGAGGCAGGCGAGGCAACGCGUGCCCGAGGAUUCCUGGCGUAUUACGAGAUCUGCUCGUAUAUUCAGAAACGGGGCUGGAAUGUGGUGCGAGAUGCAAGGGGUCGCAUGGGUCCCUAUGCCUAUUCGCGGGAUCAGUGGGUCUCCUUCGAUGAUGCGCCCAUGAUAAGGCACAAGAGCGAGUAUGUGCGUGCCAUGGGUCUGGGUGGGGCGAUGAUCUGGGCCCUGGACUUGGACGAUUUCAAGAACGACUGCGGCUGCGAAUCGUAUCCGUUGCUUAAGACCAUAAAUCGAGUACUACGCAAUUAUCCGGGACCGCAUCCCAAGUGUGCCCUGGAGUCGCGCGACAAAACAAUGAUUGCUGGCGAAAAUGGCCACUUGACGUCGACCAAACCCACCAUAAACACAGCAACAGCAGCCACCUUCAUAGCAAGUACUCCAGCCAAGCCAGAUUAUGGAACUCCGCCGGAUUGCAACGGUCGCAAUUAUGUACCACACGAUCGUGACUGCAACAAGUACUAUAUAUGUCAAUAUGGCGAGCUAAUCGAACAAAGGUGUCCGGCUGGCCUGCAUUGGAACGAGAACUUCUGCGACUGGCCCAACAAUGCGCAUUGCUCAGUUCGAGCUGAUAAAACCACCCAGGCACCACUAGUGCAGCGGCCCAAGCCCACCAGCACGGCAGCACCACCCACCAAACCCCCAACAAAGCCCACAAAGAAACCGUGGACGCCACCCAAGAACCCCAUAACACGUCCAAAACCAACACCAUCUCCACCACUGGGUAGCAAUGAGGAUUACAAGGUGGUUUGCUAUUUCACAAACUGGGCAUGGUAUCGUCCCGGUCAGGGCAAGUAUGUGCCCGAGGAUAUCGAUGAAAAUCUCUGCACCCACAUCGUCUACGGCUUUGCGGUGCUCAACAGCAAUACGCUGACCAUAAAGACGCACGAUUCUUGGGCCGAUAUUGACAAUAGGUUCUACGAACGUGUCGUUGAAUAUAAGAAGAAGGGAUUGCGAGUAACUGUCGCCAUUGGUGGCUGGAAUGAUUCACUGGGCAGCAAGUAUGCACGCCUGGUUCUCGAUCCUCAGGCACGGGCACGUUUCAUCGAAAGCAUUUUGACUUUUGUGGAGAAGUAUGGAUUUGAAGGCUUGGAUCUGGACUGGGAGUAUCCGGUGUGCUGGCAGGUGGACUGUACCAAGGGCUCAGCAGCGGAGAAGCAAGGAUUUGCCGCACUCGUCCGCGAGCUAUCCGAGGCAUUUAAGCCACGUGGCCUGCUCCUCUCCGCAGCCGUUUCCCCGAGUAAAACGGUCAUCGAUGCUGGCUAUGAUGUGCCCAAGCUCGCCCGCUACUUUGACUGGAUUGCCGUGAUGACGUACGACUUCCAUGGACACUGGGACAAGCAGACGGGUCACGUGGCGCCACUGUAUUAUGUUGAGGGCGAUUCGAAUCCGUAUUUCAAUGGCAACUUUAGCAUACACUAUUGGCUGGAUCAGGGCACACCGGCUAGCAAACUUAUCAUGGGCAUGCCACUUUACGGCCAGUCCUUCUCGCUGGCGAAUCCAAAUGCUCGCUCGCUCAAUGAUAAGUCCAUUGGACCUGGUCAGGCGGGCACCUUCACCCGAGCCGGUGGCUUCUUGGCUUACUAUGAAAUAUGCGAGAAGGUCAGCGGUGGCGGCUGGAGUGUGGUGCGUGACGAGGAGGGACGAAUUGGCCCAUAUGCGUACAGUGGCAAUCAGUGGGUCUCAUAUGAUGAUGUCGCCGACAUACGACGCAAGGCGCAAUUUGUACGCAAUUUGCGUUUGGGUGGGGGCAUGGUCUGGGCUCUGGAUUUGGAUGAUUUCCGUGGUCGCUGCGGCUGCGGUAAGCAUCCACUGCUGCGCACUCUCAACCAGGAGCUGCGGGGAAUUCCCGGCCAGCGGGCCAACGAUUGCACAUAG